GACGACGACGACUACCCAACGCAGCACCACUCAAUAAACCCCGCCCUUCUACCUACAUAUCAUUCAAAAUGGAGAACGAACGCGGAGAGCUCGUUGACCGUGAGUGCACCUCCCAAGUCGGCCACCGGACGCAUCAUCAAGUCCAAGGACCAUGCUUCCGUCCAGAUCAGUGUUGGCAAGGUUGACGAGAACGGCCGCUACACCGGUGACAACCAGGUCUACGCCCUCAGCGGCUUCGUCCGCGCCAUGGGCGAGAGCGACGACAGCUUGAACAGGCUGGCACAGAAGGACGGCUUCCUCAAGAGCGUCUGGAGCGGAUCCCGAUAAAUGCUUGGGGAUACGGAGUUGAGGGUUUCGGUAUUUGAGCUGCCUUUCGGAGGCACGGACAUGCAUUUCAUGGCGACCUAGGCCUGUACUUCCCUUCUUACGAAGAUCACCACGGUGUCACGAGGAACGGAAGCCGGUUGAGCUUACUCUACGAACAAUUCUACGAAAGUCCAACA